UGUACUGCUUGCUGCGAUUAUCAUAUAACUUUGUCUUUACAUUUUCAAAUCAGGGUAUAAAGCUAGGCUGCUCUGCUCUCCACUUUCUUUAAAAUAAUUCAUUGAGAAGUGUGGAUGUUUUGUUUUUCCAGGGCAGUUGAGUUAUUGGAUCAAAAGGGUCUAGAGAUCACGUUUGCUCCCAAAUUCCCAGGACCAGAAUCUAAACAGAUUUGUAUAUAUAUCCCUUGAUAGUGCAAGUAAUUCACUUGCAGACACAUAUAGGAUCGUCUGAGAGUCACCGGGAUUUUGAAGCAUUGAUGAAUGAGGAAAGGUUUUUUUUCUGAGAAUAAUAGCCUGCAGCUUGGCCUAAAUCUGAUUUGAAGCAUAUUUUGAUGCCCCAAGAAAGAUUCCUUCAACUAUGACUGAGUUUGGUACUGAAAGAUCAAGGCCAUGGAACAUAUACACGAUUUCGGAUCCGAGUCCAUCUCAAGCAGUGGCAGCUGAUAAGGGAACUCCUUGGAAAAGCUUUGGAACAUCCAUGAAUGCAAUUUCUUUUGGUUUUGUUGCUACAGCCAUCUUGAUAUCGAUGUUUCUCAUAAUGGCCAUCUUCGAACACCUUUUCCGGCCUAAUCCCGCUUUCUCUUCACCCGAUCACGUUACGAAUGGGGCUUUACAACCCGGAUCAGUUCAGAAACUUGGGGAUCAAGAAAGGGUAUCGACAUCAUACUUAUCUGAUUUCUCGGUUGUGAUGCCGGGAGAGAAGUAUCCGACCCACAUUGCGCAACAUGCUCCUCUCCCUUGCCCAAGGGAAGGCAUCCAUUGGCCACCCCAUGAACAUAAUUUUGUAUCUCCCCAAGUCUAAAAGGAAAAUCAAGCAAAACAUCAUCAAGGAUGUAUGUAUACUUUAUCAAUACUUACUUUCUCUAUAUAAACUCUCAUUCUCCAAUGAAAAUAUUGUAUCUUGGAAGGUGAUUUGCGAGAGAAAGCUAAUAUUUUGCAGGAUGUAGGAACAAAUCUAUUCUUCAUAAUGAACAUGUAGGAUGAACAAUUUGAAAGAGCAGAAUCCCUCUUAUAAAUUCAAAGACGUGAUUAGCAUAUACAUAGAGUUUGGGAUGCAAUUGAAAUAUUUAAAAAGUUUAGGAAUCAAUUUAGAAUGAAUAUCAUAACAGGGGGAUCAAAUUAGAAUCUUCAAAAGCGUGAGGACUAAUUUAGAAUGAUAGUUAUAAUUUUGGGAUGAAAGUUCAAAGAGCGAGUUUAAAAAAUUGGGUUGUGAGCUCCUUUUAACAAGUAUACUUGGGAAAGGGAAAAGAACCCACAAUCUAAGGAAGGGGGAGAUGUCAACCGAGAACUUUUGACAAUUGCCGUAGAGAGAAUUGAUAAAUUUUAACAUUUUUAAACGAACGUGUCUAAUGUUUUCUAGUAUAUUUGAA